GAUGGGGAAGUCAGAGUUCCAAAGUACACAUACAUCACAGCACAUGGCUUCAUUUUCCUGGCCACAAUUUGCGCUGGAUACUGACUUUUAUCCUCUUGUUUGUGUUGGUGUGUGAAAUUGCAGAGGGCAUAGUGUCUGAUGGGGUUUCGGAGUCGCGCCACUUACACCUGUACAUGCCUGCGGGGAUGGCGUUCCUGGCGGCCAUCACCUCCGUCGUCUACUACCAUAACAUCGAAACAUCCAAUUUCCCCAAGCUGUUAAUUGCAUUGCUGUUCUACUGGACUUUAGCUUUCAUAACUAAAACCAUCAAAUUUGUAAAGUUUUGUGAUAAUGGAGUUGGAUUUUCUCAGCUUCGAUUUUGCCUCACAGGACUCCUGGUUGUUCUGUAUGGAAUGCUGCUGGUUGUAGAAAUCAAUGUCAUCAGGGUGAGGAGGUAUGUUUUCUUCAAAACUCCUAAAGAAGUUAAACCUCCUGAGGAUCUCCAGGACCUUGGUGUUCGAUUCUUACAGCCAUUUGUGAAUCUGCUGUCCAAAGGAACAUACUGGUGGAUGAAUACCUUCAUCAAGACUGCCCAUAAAAAACCAAUAGACUUGAAAACUAUAGGCAAGCUUCCCAUUGCUAUGAGAGCUCUGACCAAUUACAUUCGCCUUAAUGAGGCCUUUGAAGCACAGAAGAAUAAAAGGUCAUCCUCUCCACAAGGCUCUAGGUCAAUUUGGCGUGCUCUCUGCUGUGCUUUUGGGAGACCCUUACUGCUCAGUAGCACGUUCCGGAUUCUGGCUGACUUGCUCGGGUUCGCCGGUCCGCUCUGCAUCUCUGGGAUUGUUCACAAUGUUGGGAAAGGAAACAACACCAUCCGCCCACAGACUAAAAUUCUUGGUGUUUUCUUUAUUUCCUCUCAAGAGUUCCUGUCCAAUGCUUAUGUUUUGGCUGUGCUCUUAUUUUUUGCCCUUCUGUUGCAAAGGACAUUUCUCCAAGCAUCAUACUACGUUGCUAUUGAAACAGGAAUCAACUUGCGAGGUGCAAUACAGACAAAAAUAUACAAUAAAAUUAUGCAGCUUUCAACCUCUAACAUGUCUAUGGGGGAGAUGACUGCAGGCCAGAUCUGUAACCUAGUUGCCAUAGACACAAAUCAGCUCAUGUGGUUCUUUUUCCUCUGCCCUAACCUUUGGGCUAUGCCAGUACAGAUAAUUGUAGGAGUUCUUCUGCUCUAUUACCUUCUUGGAAUCAGUGCUUUAAUUGGGGCAGCAGUAAUCAUAGUCCUUGCACCUGUUCAGUACUUUGUAGCAACAAAACUCUCACAGGCCCAGAGGAGCACAUUGGAGUACUCCAAUGAGAGACUGAAGAAGACAAAUGAGAUGCUUCGAGGCAUUAAGCUGCUUAAACUCUAUGCUUGGGAACACAUCUUUCACAGCAGCGUAGAGGAAACCAGACAGAAAGAAAUGACUAGCCUCAAGUCUUUUGCCCUUUACACCUCCAUAUCCA